CUGUGUCCGCCUGUCCCCUUCAAACGCAAAAUAAACCCUCUCUCUUCUUCCUCUCUCCUCUCUCCACCAUCUCAAAGCCACAACUUCUCUCUCUACCCUCCUUGCUUCUCUCUCUCUCUCUCUCCUUGGUUAUCUCUUAUUCACUUUCCUCUCCUCGCAACGCCAGCAAACAACACUCGCAACACAGCACUCUCUCUCUGUCUCUCUCUUUCUCUCUCUGUUUCUUGGGCCAUUUCCAAGAUGGAAGCGCCGGAGAUCAAAGCGGAGGCGCCGGAAUUCUUCCAGCCCGGCUUCUGCUCCCCGCAAUUCGCCCCCGAGAGGCGCCAUUCCCUCGACGGCAAGGGCGGCGGCGGCGACCCCUUCAUGGUCGACGACCUGCUGGACUUCUCCACCACCGACGACGCCGUCGGCGGCGGCGGCUGCGGGGGCGGGGGCGGCGACGGGGCGUUCGACAACGUGACGGGGAGCUCCACGGACUCCAACGUCACCGCCAUGGACAGCUGCAACUCCUCCUUCUCGGGCUACGACCCGAAUUUCGGCGACGGCAUCGGCGGUUGCCACCGCGGUUUCGCCGAGGGUCACUUCGCCAGUGACCUCUGCGUUCCGUAUGAUGAUUUAGCUGAGCUCGAAUGGCUCUCCAACUUCGCGGAGGAAUCGUUCUCCAGCGAGGACCUCCAGAAGCUCCAGCUGAUAUCCGGGAUGAAAGCCCGGCCGGACGCCGCCGCCGCCUACGAGACGACGGCCCGGGAGUUCCAGCCCGAGCCUAACCGAGGCGGCCCGAUAUUCCACCCCGACAUGUCGGUGCCGGCCAAGGCCCGGAGCAAGCGCUCGCGUGCCGCCCCGGGCAGCUGGUCCUCUCGCCUGCUCGUGCUCUCCCAGUCCGACCCCGCCCCCGAUGACGACGGGGCGGGCGGCCCCGGGGGAGUCCCGCGGCCCGUGGCGGGCAAGAAGACCGUCCGGGCGGCGCCGAAGAAGAAGCAGCCGGGGCUCGACGGGCCGGACGGGCCGGACGGACCGGACGGACCUGAUGUCGGCGGCGGGGAGGUGCGGAGGUGCCUGCACUGCCAGACGGACAAGACGCCGCAGUGGCGCACCGGGCCGAUGGGCCCGAAGACGCUGUGCAACGCGUGCGGGGUGCGGUACAAGUCGGGCCGGCUGGUGCCCGAGUACCGGCCAGCCGCGAGCCCGACCUUCGUGCUCACCAGGCACUCCAACUCGCACCGGAAGGUGCUGGAGCUGCGGCGGCAGAAGGAGAUGAUGAGGGCGCAGCAGCUGCACCAGCAGCAGCAGCAGUUCCUCCAUCAGGGCCACCACCAGAGCAUGGUCUUCGACGCAUCCAACGGCGAGGAUUACCUGAUCCACCAACACGUGGGGCCCGACUUCCGGCAGCUGAUGUAGCAGGAUAACUUAGAGCGAGCGAGCAAGUGUAGUGAAGUGAACGAAGCAAGCCGAGGUUUCAGGAAUUUUUAAUUCUUUUUUCUUUUCUUUUUUCUUUUUUAAGUUGCUCAGUUCAUUAUUAGUUUUCCUAACUUUGAUUUUUCUCGAACCGCAGACCCUUUUUUUUUCCUUCUUUAAUUUUUGGCUUUUUGCUCUCGAGAGUAGCUUUUUGCUAAGCUAGCAAUUACUCUGCAAACCCACUUUUUUUUUCCUUGGAUAAAUUCAAGUAAUUUUUAAUUUGAAUUCCUUUGCUUUUUGUU